AUGAUUGACAAGAGUUGGAUUGAGAGUCCAAUUAGAUCGAAAGAAUUCUCGGAUGGUGUUGUUCAAUUUUUGGAAUUUGCCUUUUCAAAUGCAUCUAUUAAUGGAAAAAUUUUAUGUCCUUGUAUUUUAUGUGGAUUUUCUAUUAUGCGCAAUAGAGCUGAAGUGUUUAGUCAUCUGCUUCAAAGGGGGUUUCCAGAAAAGUAUACUUGUUGGCAUAUGCAUGGCGAAAAUCGUGCUCAAUCGAAUGUAGAAUCAUUACCCCGAGUACAUAAUGAGCCGGCUAGACACUAUCCUAUGCAUGAUAUGUUGAAUGAUGUUUUUGGUGUAUUUGAUAAUAAUGAAUUUCAAGAUUUUAGUCCAUCAAAUCUACUAAAUAAUGACAAUCCUAAAGGUGAUGAAGGUAAGAGUCAAGAAGAGAGAGAGGAAAUUAAGAAGUUGUUGGAGGAUGGGAAUCAAGAACUUUAUGAUGGUUGUAGAAAAUAUAGUAAAUUGUCAUUCAUUGUUCAUUUUUAUCAUAUUAAGGUCUUAUGUGGUGCAACAGAUAAAUCAUUUUCAAUGAUUCUUGACCUUUUAAAAGAUGCUUUUCCCCAAGCGAAACUACCAUCAUCAUUUUAUGAGUCAAAAAAGAUAAUUAAGAAAUUAGGUUUGAGCUACAAUAAGAUUGAUGGAUGUCCGAACCAUUGUAUGCUAUAUUGGGGAUCAUCAGGGGAUGAGAAUAGAGAUAAAUGCAAUGUCUAUAAUACUUCCAGGUAUAUAUCAGAUGAAAAUGGUGUUGGUGCAAAUGUUGUAAUUGAUGACCAACAUAGAAAGAAGCGAAAGCCAGCAAAAGUGUUACGGUACUUCCCACUUAUACCUAGACUAAAAAGGCUAUACAUAUGCUCUAAAACUACAGAACUGUUGAAGUGGCAUGCUACAAAAGCUAAUCCAGAUGGGUUAUUACGACAUCCUAGAGAUGGAAAAGCGUGGAAACAUUUUGAUUCAUUCUAUCCAGACUUUGCUUCAGAGACUCGUAAUGUGCGACUUGCUUUAGCUACGGAUGGUUUCAAUCCAUUUGGAAAUCUAAGUUCCAGUGUUAGCAUUUGGCCUGUGAUGUUAUAUAUUUAUAAUUAUCCUCUAUGGUGUUUUAUGAAGCAAACUUUUCUUGUCAUGUCGAUGAUAAUUCCUGGUCCUAAAAUGCCUGGAAAUAGCAUUGACGUUUACUUGCAACCUCUAAUUGCUGAGUUAAAACAAUUAUGGAAUGGUGUAAAUGCUUAUGAUUCCUCAACUAAGGAAAUGUUCCAAUUGUGUGCUGCAUUGAUGUGGACCAUAAGUGAUUUUCCAGGUCUUGAUAACUUGUCUGGGUGGAAUACACAUACAUUACUUGCUUGUCCAUUAUGUAAUUAUGAUACAGAUUCUAUAAGGCUAAAGUUUGGUAGAAAAAAUUGCUUUAUGGGACAUCGUCGUUUUUUGCCACAUGAUCACAAAUAUAGGUACAAUAAGAAGUCUUUUAAUGGUUUUGAGGAGCAUAGACCUGCACCUAUCCCACCAUCAGGAUUAACCUUGUUAAGACAAAUUAAGGAGAGUCGAAAGAGGCCUCGUGAUGAUAGUACAAGUAAGGCUGGCCCAAAACAAUGGAAGAAGAAGAGUAUCUUCUAG